UGUCAUGGGGAGAGAAGAGUCAAAAGAGGUAAGGUAUGGGAAGCCUGGAGGCGUUGUGUCAGGUAUGGAACGGAUCCGCAGAGCUCGUCCGGUAUGAAAAGAACCUUGACGGUUGGACAGUUGUUGUCCCUCUAACUGCAAGCGGUCAAGCGUCUCUCACUGCGAGAGGUAACAAACUUUUGCUGGUAUCAGUAAUUCUUCACACAAAGUACGGAGCACCUGCGGGGCGGAGGUAACUUUGUACCCCCAUUACCGCAUACAGACAGACAC